CAUUAUGGGAUAUCAAGUCCUCCGGCGGCGCGGUGACGCCAUGUCUCCAAGAGAGAAGUGGUUCAUAGCGCUUAUCUCUCUCGUGUUAUGUGCUAUCUCAAUAGUCUGUGUAGUUGUAUAUUAUAUUCCAACAUUUUUUUAUAUAGCUUUUAUUCUUGGAGUUUGUUGCGUUGCCUGUUACUAUCAGAGCGGAGAAUCACUAUACGCUAGGUUAGGCCCUGAUCCACGCCGUGGUCUGACAAUUCCACCCGCGCUGCGUCGCUGGUUGCCAGGGGUCGCGAACGGAGUACCGACAGCCGGAAGAGUUAGAACUCGCACUGUCAAGGGGGAUGUUAAGGAAUCGGUAGUAUUUACCAGCCAAAGACGUUUCGAGAACACGAUUUAUCGAAAAGAUAGUGAUUCAUAUCUGUUUAGUCCUCGGGAUAUACUGAUGGGAAGUUACAUUGGGAAGACAGAAAGUCCUCCCUCGUUUGUGGGGAGGCCGCGAGCCGGUGGAAGUUCGGGUUCUAACCCAAACGCUCGGGAACAACUGCGCGAAAGAUUAGCCCGACCAAACCACGCUGUUUAUACUCCAAAUAAACGACUGUCAUUCGGGGGCGAACCCCUGGGCACGAUGGGUCGUUUCACCAUCACUCCACAGCGCCACUACCCAAUCCAGCAGAUGGGCACCUCCUCGGUGGGCAUCCUGCCCCCGGCUCAGUGGGACAGCUUCAGAAAAAAGAACAUCCUUACCCCUCGAAACUCCCCAGCAGUCCACAGUCCAGUCACAGUGAAGAUUGCAAGGCCAGACAACAACACCAUUCGAUCCCCUUUCUUGGAACAUGUGACCUCCCCGAGGGUCAUUGGCUCUCCAGGCCCAAGGGCUACUGCAGACCCCUGCUCCAGGGAGACUGUUCUGAGCGUGCUCAAAGAGAGCCGCAAGAGAGAUGUUGACGAUGAUGACCAGAGCUUCACUGCAGGGCAAAAGAGCAAAAGGAGGCGUCAUGACAGCAGUGGGAGUGCCCACUCAGCAUUUGAGUCACUCCUGCUCAAUGGAGCUCCAUCACAGCUGAUGCCCAAGCCCGGUACUCUGAAGAGAGGGUUGAACGUUAUGACCGAGGAGUUGACAAUGAAGCGUUCCCGUACCUCUUCCGUCAGCUCUGUGAGCUGUGGUCUGACACCCAGCGGCACCCUGGGAUCAGUUCGAAACUCAAUCCGCAGCUCCCUCAGCUCCUCGCAAGGCCUUACUCAGCCGAAAAAGGCUUCCACCCGCAGUCUAUCCCCUCUCUCCAGCCCUGGGUCGUCCCGCUCCCAGACUCCAGAAAGGGCCUCCAAAAAGCCCAGGGAAGAGGAUGUUCAAUCGCCCAGCUCUGUGUCCUCUGUGAGGUCUGACAAGACGUUGGCAGACACAGCACCCGCUACCGGGAAGCUGACUCCAGUCCCCACAAUCCCUGUGGCUUCGUUCUCGUCAGACUUAGCCAGUAGUGGAAAACGGAAACGCAAGAUUCCGCUGGUCUCCAGCCGCAGAGGGGACCAAAUCUCUCUGCCUCCACCCCCUGAGCUGGGCUACACCAUUACUGUGAAAGACCUGGAUCAGGAGAAGAAAGCUGCUCUCAGCCAGAUCAACACAGUCCUCAAAGUCCCAGAACCGGAGGAGUUGGCACCUGCAGUGACCACGUCUUCUCAGCCUCCUGUGUCCAGCUCUGUUACGCCCACCCUGGCUACCCUGCUGGCCAGCCCUCUUCCUGUAACCAUGUCGGCCAGCAUCCCCGUCAUCAACCUGGACCCUGUACCUCCAUGCACUGUCAGCACAGCCCCCACGUCCACAGCCCCCCAGGUCAACACCCUCCCUGCAGCAAACCCCCUCCUGGAGUCUCUGAAAAUGAUGAGGAACACUGCAGCUCCGGCCAUCUCCUUGGCGACAGUUUCGACAACCCUUUCACCACUUGCUCCUGCAGAGCAGAAAUCAGACACCAGCUUUACUGGUCCUCGGCCCGCGCCGGCCUCUCUCUCCCAGGCCCCGCCGGCCUCUCUCUCCCAGGCCCCGCCGGCCUCUCUCUCCCAGGCCCCGCCGGCCUCUCUCUCCCAGGCCCCGCCGGCCUCUCUCUCCCAGGCCACCAACACCAUCCCCUCUGCCUUCACUCAGGUGCUGAGCCAAGUCACCAAUGCCCCCAGCAGUGUCCCUAACCUGGGUGGAGCUAGCCUGUUUGGCCUGGCCAGCCCGCUGACAGCCCUUUCCUCCUCAACUACCACCACUUCAACCGCCUCCACAGGGACAACCAGUACUAACCACCCCCUCCUGGCCUCUGGGUUCAAGCCCAUCUUCGGUGCUGCGUCCCCAGCCCCCACAGUCUCCGAGGCCACGGCCGCUGUCCCCACCUUUAAGCCCAUAUUUGGAAGUGCCACAGCCACCAGUGCUUUUGGACAGCCGGCCGCCACCUCAGCCCCCUCCACAGCCACGGCGCCUGCCUCCCUUUUCACUGGCCUGUCCAACAGCACCACUGUAGCUCCAGCCCCUUCCACCAACACCUCCGCCCCGCCAUCUGUGAAGUCUCUGUUUGGAAACUGGAGCGGUCCGCCUGCGACGACUGCUGCUACGACCACCGCCCCUCCCACGGGAAGUACCUUCCAGUUUGGCGCGGCGUCCACUGCGGCCCCUGCCGCCGCCCUCAGCUCCACUUCAGCCUCCACCACUACUAGCAACACUGGGUUUCUGUUUGGUGCGAUGGUCACCACCUCUGCUGCCGUUCAGCCCCCGGCCCAGGGAGGGUUCAGCUUUGGCCAGGCUGCAGCCAGCCAGAACUCCACCACCGCGUCCUUCGGUGGUUUUGGAAUGGCCACGACUACUGCGGCGGCUGCACCGUCCAGCCAGUCCACGUUCACAUUUGGGAAGUCCUCCUUUGAAGCCCCGGCCGCCUCAGCGUUCCCCGGUGUGACUCAGGCCCCGUCUGCCACUGCCACGGCCAAGCCUUUCACCUUCGGGUCAGCUGGAGCCAGUGCUGCCCCCGCUCCCUUCGCUUUUGGCGCCGCUACCACGACCGCGGCCCCUACCUUUGGGACGCCCACUGUGCCACACUUUGGAGCCAGCUCCACAGGUUUUGCAUUUGGCAAUGCCAAGGCUGCCCCAGCCACUCCGGCAGCGCCUGCCUUCGGCUCUGCCAUCCAGACGGCCAGCACACUCCCGGCCUCUGCCCCGACCUUCUCAUUUGGCGGCGUGUCAGCGCAGCAGGUUCCCGCUACCCCUGCCCAGCCGACCACUGGUGGAUUCAACUUUGGAGCAGCCAUUUCAGGCACUCCGUUUGGAACGCCGAGUGCUACAACACAGACGCCAGGCUUCAACUUUGGGGCUGCUGCUAGUGACAAGCUAGCCUUCGGGACGUCUACGCCUGCGUUUGGCCAGAGCACAGCAACAGGCCCUAUCCCCUUUGGAAGCCCGGGAACACCAGUCCAAGGAUUCAGUGCAAUGGCACCCUCACCAUUUGGCUCUUCCCCAUCAGCGCCGUCGUUCUCUAUCGGGGCUGGCUCCAAAACAUCAGGGGCGCGCCAGAGACUACAGGCACGAAGGCAGCACCCCAGGAAGAAGUAGCCUUGUGUGAGGUGGUAGCACCUGGCGUGGCCCUGGAGGCCCUUACCCAUUCAGCAUUGCUAUGGACGACGCCCGUGACACCCUCCAGAGGAGCUGAACUGCUUCUGCUAUGGCUAGAAUGGCUAACACGGCUUUCCAUUGCAACCCCAGUCAGACCAACAGCUACCCUGUCUAUCUGUUUCCCUGGCCGGCCUGGGCUGGCCCGCGUUGUGGUACAGGGUGGGUGGGGCAGCACCACGCCCCUCCUAGGAUGCCUGCCCAUCUACUGACAGUGUAGCCGCUCUCCCAGUGAGCAAAAGAGAGGGGGAUAGGAGGCAGAACCAUACAAUGUAUUGUACUUGAAAAGAGACAAGACUAUGAAAAUAUUUAGAUCUAGAGCAAUGCAUAUCCAACUCAAAACAACUUUAUCUCCUGCCUUUUGGAUUUCCCCUUCUUAGACCAGUUGAUAACCCAUUUUUGAUGACCGCAGGUUUUGUUCUGAUCAGAUGUGGUACGGUCAAAUUGAGAUGCUAACACGCUCAGUUUGUCUUUGUAUGAAGUUGUAAGCAGGGCUGUGUAUUAACAGCUGUACAAGGGCUGAACAGGUUUUUGAAGUAUGACCACGGUCGAAAUAGGUUCAUGUACAGUAUGAUGGACAUAUCCAGCUGUACACAGGAACUAAUGUAUAGGUGAUGACAGUUUUGAUAAUGAAUUGUUUAUUUUACAUGUAAAGAUAUUUUUAAUUUGGUUUCCUAAAGGCUGUUUCACGUAAGACUGGUUUGUGGCAUCUGCACCUAAAAGGGCAAACUAGUUAGGUCAACCUGUGUUUUGAGUGAGUGCUUGGUGUAUUGAUCCUUGUGUAAUUUUAGUGUCACAGACACUAAGGAGCAUUCCUACAAUGGAAUUUGUUUGACUUUUCUGAUCCUCAAUGAGAGAAUAAGGUAAACAAUAAAACCCUUUGGUAUACAUAUAAUUUAUGUCCAACCAAUCCUGUGAUGACAUCCUGAUAAUGUGUAGUCCCAGGAUAGUAGUCAUUAAUGGAUCUAUAUUAUGUUGCGGGUGUAAUUAGUCACUAGUAAAAGUCUUCAAAUACCCUUUCCUGGCUUUACAUUUUGCUCCCUUAAUUACAUUUAAAAAGGGAUACUAUUACUUUUUUUUGUGUGAUAUAAACAACCUACUCCACAUUUUCUAAGUGAAAGAUAAUUUCUCAAAUUAACCAAAAAAUACACACUGACAAUGUAUGAUUUCACAACUCAAGUUAAUCCUUGGAAGCACUCUUUGUACCAUUAGAAAUGUAAAUCAUGUUAAAUGUGAUUCUACUGACCUUGCCCUAGCUACUAAGGGUAACGUGUAUAUUUAUGUCAAAGUUACUAAAGCGCUAUACAAAAUCAUUAACGAACAGCUGUAACUAAACCAUUCCUGAUUUCUCAGCUUAGGUACUAAAGUAAUAAAACGGGACCAUUCAGAAUCUCAAAGCCAUACUUUGGCCAUGGGUUAGGUGGGACCUAACGGAAUUUGUAAAAUAGAAACUCUGGUUGACAGCCACAAUGUCUUGUUUGAGGGAAUGUAGCCAGAAUUGCUUUUCAAGGGGUGAUGUUUGUUUGGUCUAGUCUGUUAUUUUAAAUAUGUUUGAAAAUCAGAUGUUUGGGAAAUUGCUGUCCAUUAAUGAUUCCCAAAAUGUAUUCAUUUUGCACCAAGUGGGUAAAGUUGGUAGAAUCUCAUUCAAAUAUUAAGGCUCCUAUAGAUGCUUCCACCCUGAAACAACUCCAGCAGUGAAGAUAUAAACCUCUUUGUUUACAAAAUGUUGGGAAAACUUUCCAGAAUACUCUUUCACUUGAAAUAUGGAUUAAGUUGUGUAGAACUGUAGGGAAAAAUGUAAUAAAAUCUGUUUUUAGAUGUAAUUUUUUGGUAGUAACCUUUUAAAGACUAAGUGGUAUGUAGACUUUUAGUCACUAAGUUGGUUACCCUUGACCAUUGACAUUUAAACCAAAGCCAGGCAAUACUAGAACAUUUCUUCUACCACUACAUUCUUCAGUGUGUCCUUUUGGUACACGACUACCUCUCCUUCCCCCCGUCCAGGGCUCUUCUGUUCCGGUCCAAACCAAAGAGUCCAGGGCUCUUCUGUUCCGGUCCUGGAGGAUGAGCAGUUGGGUUGUUAGGAUUGCCACUAGAUUCUAUAGUCACAAACUGAUAUAUCCCACCUAUAUCUACAGUUUGUCACCUUGCAAUGUGCAUUUUUAAUGUAACCCUAAGCUUAACCUCAUGCCUAACCUUAAAUUAUGACCAGAAAGCACAAUUUUGUUAGCUAUAGAUUGAGUUUGUGGCUACAGAAGGUAGUGAUGAUGGAGCAGUUGCUGGAUGGACAUGGUGGUCCUGGGAGUGUAGGGUUGUGCCCAUCACUGAUCAUGGGCAUGAUUGGAGACCCAGUUAAAUCCAGCUUUGGAAGUGUUCCCCACCAAUAACAUGAAGAAAAAAAAAUCUCAAAUGCAAGCCUCCACCUUCACACAAACUUGGACUCCCCCGCCCAAAACCUAUACAAUUUGUAAUUUAUUUCUGACUGGGUGUGAUAGAAACAUCGGUGCUGUGCCGCAAUAACCCUGCAUCUGUAUAAUACCAAGACAUGCUCCCUUAUGCAUUGAAGAUGGGCCUAUUUGCGCCUUUUGCAGUCAAACCUUUUCCCUCCCUUGUAUGAUUCCCUACACAAGUCUUUUUCUGGUGUUCUUUUGCUUGUUACUAUGUUUGCCUCGGUGAGUCCGCCUUGGAGGAAACAGUGUGGCGUGAAUGGCGGCAUAUUGGUAGUGCCGGACAUGGGCUUUACCUGCACGUUCAACGGGUGAGGUUAGGAGUUUUGUUUGGACUUUUUAAACAAUUUAACGGUGAAUGUUUUUGGGUGUGACUAUAAAACUGGAUUCACAAAUGUGCACAGCAGGAGAGGUGUUCUUGUCAUUAAUGCUGGAUCGAAACUCAGGACUAAAGGAACUGGAGGGGAAUUGUCUUCUUUCAAGUCCAACCUUACCUCUGUUGUGCGCUAAACAUUUUACUAACCGCAUAGGUUACAAAAAUUACCUCUGUUGAAUCAGUUCUUAAUUGGUCUGCCCCUCGAGACAGAACUAGAAUUUUUCAUACUAAUUUGUAAUCAGAGCCUCUCCUCGAGCCAAUUUGUGAUUGUGAGAGGUGUGUGUGAAUGUGUGUGUGGGGGCAUGAUUUAUUUGGCUAAAUGGUGGCAACGAAUGCUAAACAUGAGGGGGGGAAAGCGCACAAACUUUAUUUUUGUAUUAAAGCAGGUUGCCUUUUAGAAUUCCUUCAAGUUUGACUCACUGAGGCAAUUGGUAUGUAGUUAUUGAAUGACUUUUUAAAUUUGUUAAGCUUUUCCUUACCGUAUUGCAGUGGUGGAAUAAAAGCAUCUAAAAGUA